AAUCACAACCAAAAUCUCAUUACAUUCAUUUCAUUUAUUUAAAUAAGUUUGAGAGAAAUAAAUAUAUAAGUCCAGCUUCAUUCCAUAAAGAUCAUAAGUUGCAAAACAAGAUGAUGCCAGGAAAGAAAAUUUACGCAGGUAAGAAAUCGUUUGGCCGAUCCGAUUUCCCUGAAGGCUUCUUGUUCGGGACUGCCUCAUCGGCUUACCAAUACGAAGGAGCCGUGAACGAUGCCUCUCGGGGGCUAAGUGUUUGGGAUACUUUUGUCCGAAAACAUCCAGAAAGGAAUUGUUACUCUGAUGCGGACCAAGCAGUGGAGUUUUAUCACCAUUAUAAAGAAGAUAUUCAAAGAAUGAAAGAUAUCAAUAUGGAUUCAUUCAGAUUCUCAAUCUCAUGGCCUCGGAUUCUUCCUCAUGGAAAGAAAAGCAAAGGAGUGAACAACGACGGAAUCAAAUUCUACAACGACCUCAUCGACGAACUCCUAGCCAACGGAAUCACACCUCUAGCGACUUUGUUCCAUUGGGAUACACCACAAGCCUUAGAAGAUGAAUACAAGGGUUUUUUAAGCGAAAAAGCUGUUGAUGAUUUCCGCGAUUUUGCCACCAUAUGUUUUGAGGAAUUUGGUGACCGUGUGAAAUAUUGGGUGACACUAAAUGAGCCAUGGGUUUACAGUAUUGGUGGUUACGACACCGGGAGAAAAGCUCCUGGUCGUGCAUCUAAAUACAUGAACGAAGCAGCUUUAGCCGGUGAAUCUGGUCUUGAGGUUUACACUGUUAGUCACAAUCUACUCUUAGCUCAUGCAGAAGCUGUUGAAGUCUUCAGAAAUAACCCAAAGUGUAAAGAUGGGAAAAUCGGUAUUGCACAUUGUCCGGUCUGGUUCGAACCUUAUGACUCGAACUGUCCAGAUGAUCAAGAGGCGGUUGAGCGUGCCAUGGAAUUUAUGUUUGGGUGGCAUAUGGAUCCAACGGUCUAUGGAGACUAUCCAGAAGUCAUGAAAAAAUCAAUAGGAAAAAGAUUACCGUCGUUUACUGCAGCUCAAUCCCAGAAGUUAAAAGGAUCUUUUGACUUCGUGGGAGUAAAUUAUUACAGUGCUUUUUACGUUAAAAAUGUUGUUGACGUCGAUCAUAACACUCAAAAUUGGAGAUCCGACGCACGCAUCGAAUGGAAGAAACAAAACAAAGCUGGAGAAAUUUUGGGUCCUAGAGGUGGUUCAGAAUGGGACUUUUUAUAUCCCCAAGGGUUAAGAAAGUUUCUAAAUCAUGCAAAAAAGAAAUACGGAAGCCCUAAAUUUAUGAUAACUGAAAAUGGACAUUGCGAUAUAGACUAUGAAAAGAAAGCUAAACUCUCGAAUCUGAUGGAUCUUCAGAGGACAGAGUACCACGAAAAACAUCUCCAAAGCAUCCACCAAGCCAUCAAGGAGGAUGGUGUUCAAGUAGAAGGGUACUAUGCAUGGUCAUUGCUUGACAAUUGCGAAUGGAACGCCGGUUAUGGUGUUCGAUACGGACUAUUCUACGUAGACUACAACAAUGGUUUAAAACGUUAUCCAAAAAUGUCAGCAAUGUGGUUCAAAGAGUUUUUGAAGAAAGAAGAGAUUGAAGAUUCGGAGAAAGAAGGGUUGAUGUUGAAUUCUGUUGUUAACAAGAAGAGGAAGAGAUUCUUAACAUCUUCUGGUUUGCCUUCCUGUUUUAUACCAAAGAUGUCCGAGUCCUCAAAAGCACUUGAACUCUUUUUCUAGUAUCAAUAUUUGUUUAUUUAAACUUUACUUCGUGAAUAAAACGUGAAUAAAAAGGUUCAAAAC